UUUUCCUUAAAUUUUAUGAUAUUUUAUAAAUAUAAUGGAUUUUGAGAAUCAAUUUUACUAUCACUUGAAUGUAAUACAGCACUCAAAGGAAGCAAGACAAUCAGGAACUUCUUCAAAGAGGCUUUUAAGCCCAUCAACAAUUAUAAUUUUAAACACUAAUGAUAUAUUACAUAACUUGGUGUCCAAUUAUAUAAUGAUCGCAACAUUAUAUGAUUUCAAUAAAAACCUUUUAGAACCAUUUGAAAAUUUGAUUGGAACAAAAAUCUUAAUUGGAGUUUUUAAUCCAAUCGAUAAUAACUAUGUUUUCGAAUUUAAAGAUUUAGCUAUUAAAAAUAGCGGAAAAUUUAAAUUACAUUUUGAGUUAUUAAAGAUAAAUUUAAUUAAUAAUAUUAAUACUAAUAAUAAUAUUAAUGAUACGCAAAGACCAAAUAAUUUUUUGAAUACAGUUGAAAGCGAUGAAAUUAUUAUAUAUACAACUAGAAAUUAUUAUAAAAGAAAAAAAAUUAAAACAAUCAAUGAAAAUAUAUCAGUUUCAGAACAUGAUUCAAACAAAGAAAAAAAAUUAAAAAGAAAAUUUAAUGAUCACAAAAAUAAUAGUGAUAUUGAAAAUAAUAAAAAUGAUGAUAUCAAUGAUACUAGCUAUACAAAUGAUAAUAAUAACAAUAACAAUAAUAAUAACAAUAAUAAUAAUAAUAACAAUAAUAAUAAUAAUAAUAAUAAUCAUUGUAGUAAUGAGAUUUAUGAUAUCAAUAUUAUUGAUAAUUUAAAUAAUUCAAAUAAUAUGGAUCUUCACUUUAAUGACAUUAACAAUAUUAAUGAAAUAAAGAAUUAUAAUGUUGACUAUUUUUCCAAUGAAUUUUUCAAUAAUUUAAAUGAAAUCAAUUCAUUAUUUGGAUUGAAAGAUGAAAAUAAUCAAAACCAAAAUCAAAAUCAAAAUCAAAAUAAUGAAAUUGAUCAAAACAAUGGAAUUAAUCAUGAUAAAACUAAAUUAAAUGAAGUAAAAGACAGUUAUGAAGGAAAAAGCUUUUCCGAAUUUCUUAAUUUUUAA